UCCCCUUUGGUGGCCCUCCUUGAGGUGAGCUAACGGGAGCAGAGGAGGAGCCCACCUAGUCCUGUUGAGGUUGUAGCGGCAUCUUCCUUUCCCGAGGUCUCUCGCUCAACCCCUAAAAAAGCUAAAACCCCUCCCCCAUUCUUUCUUCCCAGUCCCAACAACCGAGCGACAGCGAAGAAGAGGCCCUGCUUCCAACUAACAAGGCAGGAAAACCCAUCUCCAUUAUCCUAUCUGCUCACUAAAACCCCCGGUCAAAUGCCACCGAAACCGCCGAGCUUUCUUGUGUUCCUUCAAAGUCAUCUGAGAGCAUGAUUGAUGAGGGGCCUGAAGAGAUUGGAUACAUGAGGGUAUAAGCGAGAGAUACCCAGGUUCUUUCAUCGUUGGGGUAAACAAGAGUCCUUUCCUGGCGUUGCUGCUGUUUAGAAAAAAUGGCGUCCCAGGUGUUCUGUUGUACUGUUUCAUCUGCGUCUCAGCCUCAUCUGUUGCUCGAUUCUUCCUCACAUUCAAAAGCUUUUUGCAAAGAUCUGAAAGGUCUUGCCCUUCAUGGCGGAAUUCAACCUGCAGCGUUCUCCAAGGUUGAGGAAAGGAGUAGGAUUAGACUUGUGCAGCAGAAGCUACUUUCGGGUUCGAAUUCACGUAGAGCAGGGGUUGUCUCCGCUACACAUACGCCUUAUAACAGCAAGGACCCCUUCUUGAAUCUGCAUCCAGAAGUUUCAAUGCUGAGAGGAGAAGGGAAUAACACUGUUAGCAGUCCAAAGAAGGAUAAUUCGGGUAUUGCUCUUGAUACAUACAGUGAGGAUGCUCCUCCGAAUCAUUACAAUGCGGCCAAGAUUAAAGUGAUUGGUGUUGGUGGUGGUGGUUCAAAUGCCGUGAAUAGAAUGAUAGAAAGUUCUAUGAAUGGCGUUGAGUUUUGGAUUGUAAAUACAGAUGUGCAGGCCAUGAGGUUGUCGCCUGUGUAUCCAGAAAACCGACUUCAAAUUGGCAAGGAGCUAACCAGAGGUCUUGGUGCCGGGGGUAAUCCAGAUAUUGGCAUGAAUGCUGCCAAGGAAAGUAAAGAGUCGAUUGAGGAGGCGGUGUACGGAUCUGACAUGGUUUUUGUAACAGCUGGAAUGGGGGGUGGGACAGGAACAGGUGGUGCACCUAUAAUUGCAGGGAUUGCAAAAUCAAUGGGUAUUCUGACUGUGGGUAUUGUUACUACCCCAUUUUCUUUUGAGGGUCGAAGACGGGCAGUUCAAGCACAAGAAGGAAUUGCAGCUCUGAGAGAUAAUGUUGACACAUUAAUUGUCAUACCAAAUGAUAAGUUGUUGACAGCUGUUUCACAAUCUACACCUGUGACAGAAGCAUUUAACUUGGCUGAUGACAUACUCCGGCAAGGAGUUCGUGGUAUCUCUGAUAUAAUCACGAUCCCUGGUCUAGUUAAUGUUGAUUUUGCUGAUGUAAGGGCUAUUAUGGCAAAUGCUGGCUCCUCUUUGAUGGGGAUAGGAACUGCAACAGGCAAGACUAGGGCAAGGGAUGCUGCGUUGAAUGCCAUUCACUCACCUUUGCUCGAUAUUGGCAUUGAAAGAGCCACUGGAAUUGUCUGGAAUAUCACUGGUGGAAGUGAUCUCACUUUGUAUGAGGUGAAUGCUGCUGCAGAAGUGAUAUAUGACCUCGUAGAUCCAAGUGCAAAUUUGAUCUUUGGUGCAGUUAUAGACCAGUCACUCAGUGGACAGUUGUUUUCUCAGGUGAGCAUAACUCUCAUUGCAACUGGAUUCAAACGCCAAGAUGAAACUGAAGGCCGGCCUGCACUGGGAACCCAUCAGCUUACCCAUGGCGAUGGCGGCCCUGGAAUCAACCGCAGGCCUUCUUCGGCCUUUGUGGAAAGCGGGUCAGUCGAGAUACCUGAGUUUCUGAAAAAGAAAGGACGAUCACGCUAUCCCAGAAUUUGAACCUGCUAACUCUUGUGUAAUAUAUCUUUGCUAUUACUUGAUUUCUGCCAUUAACAAGAAGAUGUGAGCUUGUUGGAACCUGUUCUUUCCUUGUAAUAAAAUCAUGACAACGUAUGUAAAGGAUCCGUUGUUUCUGCA